UUUUUACAUCAUGAGCACAAUCUCAAAAACAUCCAGCCCAAAAAAAGAAUCGAGAGAGGUUGCCAUGGCGCAGAGGAUCACGACACUGGUUCUGCUCAUAGAGAUACUGUUUCUGUUAAAUUAUGUGAGUCAAAUAGCCAAGACCGCAGCAGCUAACGACGGAGAUGUGAUUCACGUCACCGGGAAAGUGAUGUGCCAAGAUUGCACUCUUAACUACGACCAAUGGAUCAACGGCUCUGAACCCAUCAAAGGGGCUGUGGUAUCAAUCACUUGUAUGGACGAGAGGGAAAGAGUGAGAUACUAUGGCAGCGACAAGACCGAUGAAAGAGGCCAGUUCGAUCUUAUCGUCGACAAAGUCCUCUACGGCGGAAAGAAUCUCAAGCCUAAUCUUUGUAAUGUCCGGCUCGUGUCUCCUGCUGACCAGUCAUGUGGUAUUCCGACCGAUUUUGGCAAUGGUCAAACCGGAGAGAAGCUAGUUCAGCCGUUCAUGGUUUUCAAGAAUCUAGUGAAGUUUGUAGUCGGGCCAUUUUAUUAUACCACCCCCAUGUGUGACACCCCUAAAUAUGAAAACAACUACUAGAGUUGGAUGAUUUUAACAUUUGGUUAAAGGUCAUUUGAAAUUAGUGGUCCUCUGCUAUAUAUGUUUCUCAUUAUGUGUAAUGCCACAUGUUUUUGCUUUCUUAAUUUUGUUGAUUCUUGUAAAUGUAAAAUUACAAUAUUCUUUUUUACACAUCAUAAACUUCUUGCAAUAUGUUUUCCU